AUGUACUCCUGCAGCAGCGACCGAGACCGCACGGGCGAGGCGGAGCGAGCCCUGGCCUUUAGCGCCCAGUACCAGCCAUGCAACACGGCGACGACGACCUGGGCGCCGGUGCACAUGCAAGCCGCCGGCCAGGCCGGCCCACCGGACGCGCAGCAGCUGCCGCCGCGACGCCCCAGGAGGAGGCACUCGACCUCGGCGUCGCGCCGGUCGUCCACCACCGUGGUGGCCACCGACGUGUCCAACUUCCGCGCCAAGGUUCAGGAGCUCACCGGCUUCCCCCCGGCCGCCAUCUUCCGGCCGCAGCCGCGUCGAGCCCACGCCACCGCCGCCAGCCACUCCCUGCUGGCCGCCGCGCACGGGUGCGGCGCCGGGGCUCUGCUGCAGGGCCGGAGUUCAGACGCGGCAGCUACCACCGGCAACGACAGCCGCGACGUCCCGGCAGUGGUGCAGCCGCUGAUGCAUCCGACGCCGGGCUUGUUUGACGGGCUGGCGGACCUCGGGUCGCCGGAGUUCGAUGCUUGGUCUGACUUGUCCUUUGAAUAG